AUGUCCACUCCAACCUCUGAAGUUGCUAAAGUACCAGAGCUUAAGCCUCAAAUCAAAAUCGGUCACUAUAUCCUCAAAGACACACUUGGAGUCGGUACAUUUGGAAAGGUAAAAGUGGGCAUCCAUGAAGCUACUGGUUAUAAAGUUGCUGUAAAAAUCUUGAACCGUCAAAAAAUCAAGACGUUGGAUGUGGUGGGGAAGAUCAGAAGAGAGAUACAAAAUCUGUCGUUGUUCCGACAUCCGCACAUAAUUCGGCUCUACCAAGUAAUAAGCACUCCAACUGAUAUCUUCAUGAUUAUGGAGUAUGUAUCUGGCGGUGAACUUUUCGAUUACAUUGUCAAGCACGGUCGCCUCAAAACUCCCGAAGCACGCCGUUUUUUCCAACAGAUAAUUUCUGGUGUUGAUUACUGUCAUAGACAUAUGGUUGUACACAGGGAUCUGAAACCGGAGAAUCUUUUGCUAGAUGAGCAUAACAACGUAAAAAUAGCAGAUUUUGGCUUGUCGAACAUCAUGACUGAUGGUGAUUUUCUGAGAACCAGCUGCGGAUCGCCGAAUUAUGCCGCACCAGAGGUUAUCAGCGGC